AUCAUGAGCAUUUGCACUUGAAAGAAGAAGGUCUACCUUGGACAAGCAUAGGUUGUAUUCUAUUGCUGUGGUUCAAAUAGGGGCGAAGCAUUUUUCAGGAAUGGUGGGCGCCAUAACUUCAGACCAAGAACUGAACCCGGCGAAGACGUCGUCGUCCCUACCACGGCGUCAGGAUUCGGCUCACGGAUUACCCAGCCCAGAGUAUGAACCAUGCAGCCCAGCAUCCGAUCCGCGACGCCCAGCAUCGGGGUUAAGCCCAGCGACCGGCCUACCCUGUAAGCUGUCUAACUUCGAGAACCCGGACACACUGGCAGCACUUCAGGACAGCGUUUACGUCGUCCUGGACCAUGGCCCGUAACAGCGCCGCAUCCUAUACUGCGGUAUGCUGUGCGUUAUCGUGGUGUUGAUGCAAGAGUUGGCGCUACGCCUCAUCGGCCAGCCUGUGGACCACUGGUGCCGGCCUCCCCCGGAGUACGGCCACCUCUCUGCAAACCAGUGGCGCAACCAGUCCAUUCCCGUCGAGGUGGACGGCAGUUUCAGUGCGUGCACGGUGUACGAUCCACCUGCACAGGACGAGCACCUCGCGAACCGAAGUAUCGUGAACUGCCACGAGUGGGAUUACGACAUCCGCGACCGAACGGGCAGCAUCGUGAGCCAGUUCAACCUAGUCUGCGACCGCAUCUUCCUGUACGAUUUUUCUACGCUGCUGCCUAUUAUCGGUUACAUGAUCUUGUCUCCCGUAACUGGAAUCGCGUCAGACCGGUUGGGUCGGAGACCAGUCACGCUGGUCUGCGCAAUCACUGUGCUCCUUGUUUCUCUCGGCAGCAGCCUGCAAGCGAGGUACGCCUACUUCGUCACCAUGCGCAUACUGGCCGUUUCCUCAGCGAACGCCGCGUACCUCCUCACGUUCAUACUCGUCUACGAGGUAACGGGCAAAGCGCGUAGGCCGUUGUUCACCUUGUUGCAUUACGCCGUGGCCAGCACCGUCGUGCCGCCGUUCCUGGACACCAUUGCUCUUCUGAGACCGAGCUGGAUUCUCUCGCACGGAUUCCUCGCUGUCCCCACGCUCGCUUUCGUGCUUUGGUGUUUGCACCUAGGAGAGUCCCCAGUCUGGCAGCUGGCCACUUGGCGCCUGCACGAAGCUGAAGUGAACGUCUUGGCAGCCGCCAACCUCAAUGGCGUCGACAUGGUCACGGCCAAAGCGGCUGUCCAUAAAAUACUUCACCGGCUCAGGAAGAUUGAACGCAACCUCGAGGCCACAACAUCCACCAUGGUGGCAAGCGACAGCCUCUUUCAGACGGCUCUCAUGCGACGCUGCGCGAUCGCCGCUUUCUUCGCCAGGUUCUCCACGUGUGCCAUCUACUACGGCAUCAUGGUCACCGACGAGACGAGCGACCACCUCGAGGAAGCGGCGCACGUGGUCCUUACGACGUCCACCUACGUAGUCAUCGUGCGCGCCAUGUCCACGUACGGCAUCCGAAUGACGCUCACGGCCAUUCUCUCCGCCCUCGGUUUGAACGGGUUGGUCGAGGCAGCGCUGACGGCGGGCGGAUACGGCGCGGCGAUUGCCGUCGCGCAUGCCGGCACCAAGGCUCUAGUAUCGUGCGCCCUUGGUUUGGUGCUGUGCUACACGGGCGAAGUAUUCCCCACGCACCAGCGCAGUGCCGGUGUCAGCAUGGCCCUGUUUUUCGGAGGCUUGGGCGCGCUCACGGGCACCGCUCUCGUGAAGUCCGUCGGUGAAAAGGCUGCUCCGGUGUUCAAAGCGUUCUUUGCCGUCAUGGCGCUGUUCAGCGUGGUGGCUAUACAGUGGUUGCCUCAAGUGUUCAUCGAGAAGAUAAAGAAGCGUAAAUCCGCAGCAGCCCUUAGCGCACAAGAAAAAAAGGCUGCCCUCAGAAAGUCCCUAGCACCACAUGGCCGGAAGAAUAUGCGACACAAGAGCAAAAGCGUCAAAUCGCCGAAAUCUGCAAAGUCGCCGCAGUAGUCUUUCAGGUACAACUGCCACCGCGUGAUAAUCCAAGUGCUUAAAAUACAUAUGGCUUGGACACAAGAGGAACAUAUUUACUGAUGGUUAGUUCUCAAGAAUGUUUUUUUGUGUGUGUGUGUGCGUGUGUGUGAUAAAUGAUCUGCUGGGGUGCAUUUAUUGCUUUCUUUUUGCCUUUAGGAAGUAAAAUGAACCAUCAGAUUACUUUUACAUGAUAGUUGAAAGACCCUAAAUGACAUGAACGAUGGACUUCGCCCACUUCCUUGUAUAUUCUUUGGAAACUAUGCCGUUAGCUGAGGUUUGAAAUUAUGUAUAUGUUUAGUCCGACCUUGCACAAUUCUUGGGAACUCAUUGCCUCAUGCUUUUUUCUGUGGGCUACAAUCCCAGUGAGCACAAGACGUCUUGUUAAGCUGUCUUUUGCUUGGAUGUUGCUAAAAUGGUUACAUAACGUUUUGAGAAAAUGACUGGAAGGUAUGUGUGCUGAUCCUUAUCUGGAUAUAAGUAUAAAAUAUAAAUUUUCGUG